AUGCCUCACAAAGUCAACGAGUCGAAUUCCACGCUGGCCAGCUCCGGCAGUAGCGGUGACCGCGUUGUCGUCUCGGAUAUGCGAGGGUCCAAUGCGGUUCCACGGAGAACGCAACCCCCGGUGGUUGUCCAUAAUCAGGGGGGUCAGAUCUACGACGAAACGCGCCCGUCCGACUGGGACAAGCAGCGCUGGAAGUAA